AAAAGUUCUCAAGCUCUUAAAAAAUCACCCUUUAAUAGCAUAAUGGUGGCUCUGAAAAGAACCUUUUAUGAAAGCGUUAGUGAUGGAGAGUGACGAGUUGAGUUCGAAUUCCGAUGGAUACCGCUGACUUCCUUCAUCUGUUUCUAGGCUGACCAGGCAGUUGUCCGUGGGUGCGAUACAGAUAUGGUUUGUGUAGGUACAGCGUUCGCAACCGAUUACAAUCUUUCAGUAAAGGAAACUUCAAAUUGCUGGAUUGAUCAAUGAUACAAUAGACCUGUGAUAUGAAAAUGGGCCGUAUAGAGUACAGUUAAGACAAAUUUCGCAUAAUUCUUUGAAAGGAUUAUUAUGAUUCUAAAAAGAACCGAUUUGAAGAAUUCUGCAAUUAGAAACUAGAUCUGAGUUCAAGAACUAAAUUCAGAACUUAGAACAGACUCAGAAUUCAGUUGGAUUUUAGUUCUAGAACUACAAUUUCGAUACUGAAAUCAGUUCCGGAAUUAUUUUUCAGAAUCCAGUUCAGCACGCAUACUCUGAACUAAUCUCUGAAACUUGAAGACGAUUUUUCGCCAUGACUGCCAAAAUGGGUUGUAUAGAGUACAGUAAAGUAAAAUUCCGCAUAAUUCUUUAGGAGAAUUAUUAUGGUUCUAAAAAGAACCGAAUAGGAUCCUGAGCUCAAGACCAAUAACAGACUCAGAAUCCAGUUUCAAUUCUAGAACUACAAUUUCGAAACUCAAAUCAGUUCCAGCACGCAGGCUCUGAAUUCUAAACCUAUAUUGCGGAGCUAAAAUCUGAAACUUGAACUUCUCGUUACGACUACCGAACAGCAAAUGAGAGUUGCGACCUGAGCGUUUGAGGUUUUAACCACGCAGAAGGUGCACUCUCCGUUGCUGCUGGUUGAUGAUUUCACUCCCACGACGUCUGCUUCCAUCGAACGCACGAAAAGAAAUGGUCGAUUUUCGACCACGGUUCCCCUUUUAUACUCAGUCAGUUGAAGAUAUGUGCCUGACUACCUCAAAAUCGUCGUGCUUGCGCGAAAAACCCAAGCAAAAGUAAAGAGUUUUCCGCGCUGUUUUCAAAGUUUGAGAAAACUUCAUUUUUGAGUUGUUUGUGGUUAUCUCACACAGUUCAAAAUAUUAUUCCAAAUUCCUGAUCAUAUUUUUGAUGAAAUGCUUACCUUACCUUACCUAACAGCUAUAGUCCUGAGGUAUCCUUUGCUGUACGUACGAAUACGUCUCCACAUAACUCGGUCCAUGUCUGCUCUUCGCCAGCCACUGAAGGCACGGAUGCUUCGGAGAUCACCCUCCACGUGAUCGAUCCACCUUGCUCGCUGCGCUCCUCUUUUUCUUGUAUCAGUCGGAUUAGAUUCAAGAACUAUUUUCACUGGGCUGUCGUCCGACAUCCUUAUCACAUGCCCAGCCCGCCGUAGACGUCCGAUUUUAGCUGUCCGUACGAUAGGUGGUUCUCCUAGCAGAUGUUGCAAUUCGUGAUUCAUACGCCGUCUCCAUCUGCACUCCGCCAUAGAUGGUCCUCAGUACAUUUCUUUCGAGAACACUGAGGGCGCGUUGGUCCUCUGCCAACAUAGUCCAGGUCUCGUGGCCAUAGAGAACAACCGGUCUAAUUAGCGUUUUGUAGAUGGUCAAUUUCGUGCGGUGGCGUACUUUUCUCGAUCGGAGGGUUUUUCUGAGUCCAAAAAACGCACGAUUCUCUGCCAAAAUACGUCUCUGUAUUUCUCUGCUGGUGUCAUUAUCGGCGGUCACCAGUGAGCCCAAAUACACGAACUCGUCAACCACCUCGAUAUCGUCACCGUCUAUCAAUAUUCGUGUUGGGAGGAGUAGUGUUUCUUCUCUAGAGCCUCUUCCUCUCAUGUAUUUGGUUUUCGACGCAUUUAUGGCCAGUCCGAUAUGCCUAGCUUCAGCUUUCAGUCCGAUGUAGGUUUCCGUCAUCUUCUCAAGGUUACGUGUCACAAUAUCAAUAUCGUCAGCGAAGCCAAAAAGUUGUACGGACUUUCGGAAGAUCGUGCCACUCGUGUCGAUCCUCGCUCUUCGAAUCACACCUUCCAGGGCAAUAUUGAACAAGAUACAGGAAAGUCCAUCACCUUGACGUAACCCUCUCCGAGAUUCGAAGGGACUCGAGAGCGUCCCAGAUACUCGGACGUAGCCCAUCACUCUAUACAUCGUUGCUUUGACCAAUCGCGUCAGUUUAUCCGGGAAACCGUAUUCGUGCAUUAUCUGCCAUAGCUGUUCUCGAUCGAUUGUGUCGUAUGCCGCUGUAUUCAUUACACUUCUGGCGCAGGCUCCAGUAAAUCCCGCUUGGUACGGCCCUACGAAUUCCUUAGCUAUUGGUGAUAGACGACGGCAAAGGAUUUGGGAGAGUACCUUGUAGGUGGCGUUCAGCAAUGUGAUUACGCGGUAAUUGCAACAGUCUAACAGUUCGGUUGAAAAGUUCGUAUCGUUUAAUAGAAACACACAUUUUUUUUGCCAAAAUUCGUUUUUAUUAUUCGACAUAAUUGCCAUCAGAGGCGAUACAGCGAUUAUAGCGAUUUUCUAACUGUUCGAUACCAUUAUUGUAGUACGAUUUGUCCUUUGCCUCAAAAUAGGCCUCAGUUUCAGCGAUUACCUCUUCAUUGCUUCUAAAUUUUUCACCAGCGAGCAUUCUCUUGAGGUCUGAGAACAGGAAAAAGUCACUGGAGGCCAAAUCUGGAGAAUACGGUGGAUAAGGGAGCAAUUCGAAUCCCAAUUCGUUCAAUUUCAGCAUGGUUUUCAUCGACUUGUGACACGGUGCAUUGUCUUGAUGAAACAAAACUUUUUUCUUCUUCAAAUGAGGCCGUUUUUUUUUUUUUUAAUUUCGUCCUUCAAACGCUCUAAUAACGCUAUAUAAUAGUCACUGUUGAUGGUUUUUCCCUUUUCAAGGUAGUCGAUGAAAAUUAUACCAUGCGAAUCCCAAAAUACAGACGCCAUAACCUUACCGGCCUAUUGUCGAAUCUUUCCACGCUUUGGGUUCGGUUUAUCGCGUGCAGUCCACUCAGCUGACUGUCGAUUGGACUCCGGAGUGAUGUGAUGGAGCCAUGUUUCGUCCAUUGUUAUAUAUCGACGAAAAAAAUCGGUUUUAUUUCGAUAUAACAGCUCCAAACACUGCUCAGAAUCAUCAAUUCGUUGUUGUUUUUGAUCGUUUGUGAGCUCACGCGGCACCCAUUUCGCACAAAGCUUUCUCAUAUCCAAAUAUUCGUGAAUAAUAUGUCCAACACGUUCCUUUGAUAUCUUUAGGGUGUCAGCUACUUCACUUUACGGUCAUUGAAAAUAAUUUUGUGGAUUUUUUUCACGUUUUCAUCGGUAACAGCCUCUUUUGGACGUCCACUGCGUUCAUCGUCUUCGGUGCUCAUAUGACCAGUACGAAAUUUUGCAAACCACUUACGAAUUGUUGCUUCGCCCGGUGCAGAGUCUGGAUAACACUCAUAAAGCCAUUUUUUGGUAUCGGCGGCACUUUUUUUCAUCAAAAGUAGUGUUUCAUCAACACACGAAAUUCCUUUUUUUUUCAUUUUUUUCACAAUAACAAACUUAGCUUCACUCAAAAUGCAAUAUCUCACAAACUAAUAAUCAGACAGCUGUCAAAUUUAUACACGUAUCUUUUGAAGGUUGGUACUAACUGAAAAUGGUAUGGAUUUAAUUCUAGUGGCGCCCUCUCAUAGAAACGAUACGAACUUUUCAGCCGAUCUGUUAGCUUAUCGCCCUUUUUGUAGACGGGACAUACCACUCCAUCCAUCCGUUCCUGCGGUAGAAUCUCCUCCUCCCAAACCUUAGAAAUCAUCCAGUGCAACGCUCUAGCCAGUGCCUCUCUUCCAUGUUUGAGCAGCUCGCAUGGUAACUGGUCAUUGCCCGCGGCUUUGUUGUUCCUCAGCUGGCCGAUCUCCUCACUUAUCUCCGACAGAUCAGGUGCUGGGAAUCUGUCGUCGGCUGAGCGUGCACCCAAAUUGAUUCCUGUGCCGUUCUCCGGAUCUUGUGCUUUACCUGUCGAUCACCUCACGUUCGUUCGUGAGAAGGUUACCACUGGUAUCUCUGCAUAUUUCGGCCUGUGGCGUGUAGCCUCUAUGUGAGCGGUUCAACUUCUCAUAGAACCUCCGUGUGUCAUUUGCGCGUUCCAUCGCUUCGCGAUCUUGGUCUUCCUGGUGGCGCUUUUUCUUCCGGAAAACCGUGUUCUGUCUGUUCCGCGCCUGUCUGUAUCGUUCCUCGUUCGCUCUAGUGCGGUGUUGCAGUAUCCUCGCCCUUGCUGCAUUCUUCUCUUCGACCAACUGCUGACAUUCGCCGUCAAACCAGUCAUUUCCUCGAUUCGAUAACCUCGUACCUAAAACGGUUGUAGCAGUGCCACUUACGGCGGACCUUAUGUUCCUCCAGCCGUCUUCAAGAGUCGCCGCGCCAAGCUGCUCUUCCGUUGGUAGCACUAGCUCCAGUUGUUACGCGUAUUCCUCUGCAGUACGAAUGCUACGUAGCUGCUCGAGAUUGAGUCCCGGCAUUCCUGUGCUACGAGUGUUGUGUACCGUCGAUAGUUUUGAGCGCAUACAAACCGCGACAAGGUAGUGGUCAGAAUCAAUAUUGGCACUGCGGUAGGUGCGGAUAUUGAUGACGUCGGAGAAGAAUCGCCCGUCGAUGAGAACGUGGUCGAUAUGAUUUUCCGUAUGUUGAUCAGGUGAUCUCCAGGUGGCUUUGUGGAUAUCUUUGCGGGGGAAGAAGGUGCUUCGAACUACCAUUCCUCGAUGGGCUGCAAAGUUCACGCAUCGUUGGCCGUUGUCGUUUGUUACCGCGUGCAGGCUCUCCAGCCCGAUCACAGGCCUGUACAUUGCCUCACGGCCUACCUGAGCAUUCAUGUCGCCGAUGACGAGUUUUACAUCCCGCCGUGGACAGCUGUCGUAGGUUCGUUCCAGCUGCACGUAGAAUGCUUCCUUCUCGUCAUCGGGUCUCGUCUCAUGAGGGCAGUGCACGUUGAUGAUGCUGUAAUUGAAGAAACGGCCCUUGUUCUUCAAUACUCACAUUCUAUCACUGAUUGGCUGCCACGCGCUGGCGCAUUUUGCCCAACACUACAAAUCCCGUUCCUAGAACGCUGGUUGUGCCACAACUCUGGUAGAAGGUAGCCACUCGAUGCCCACUUUUCCACACCUUCUGUCCCGUCCAACAAAGUUCCUGCAGUGAUACGACAUCAAAGCCGCGGAUUUGAAGCUCAUCAUGCAGCAUUCGGUCGUAUACUGGGAAGCCAAGUGAUUUGCAGUUCCAUGUGCCAAGCUUCCAAUCGUAGUCAGUAUUUCAGAUCUUGAAUUCAUACCGGGACAGAUAUGUGCCUGGCUACCAAAAACUGGUGUACUUGAACAGUCCAUGAAAGUCUACGAAGGGGGAACGGGGGUUAAACCAGAUUUUGGUGUACGUGGUUCAUGAACAACAUCGACCGUUUCAGGAUCGUCCGUCGAAUCAAGUCCAGUUACUAUCACCGAGAACAAAGUUUUAUUUUCUAUUUGUAUCAUUUAUUUAUACCCGGCUUAAUUCUACUUACGGUUGUUCAACGGGUUUGAAGUUUUAUUUCAUAUUUACCGAGACGGAAAUACUUGAUAACUUGUACAAUUAAACUAAAGGCUGAUUUUUAAGAGGUAUAGGAUUUGAUUAAAAAAAAAACAAAAAAAUUGACAAAAAAUGUGAAGUCUUUCUCCGACAUCGGCCGGUAUUCCACAUAUAAAUAUUGGCUUCAACUUCGUCAAUCGUUGCUGAUUUAUUCUUGUAGACAUGAGCCUUAUGGUAACACUUCGCCGUGGUCAGGUCGAAGCGAGAUAACUCAAUGCUUUCUCUUGCUUUGUCGCCGAAAUUUCACCCUAAAUUGUAAAUUUCUCCAACACUAACCCGAUUCACGAAAAAUCAAAAACAUACGAUUGUAGAUAAAUGAUUUCACUAUGCAUUUGGCGAAAAAUAUCAGGAAGCAGUGUUUUCUUGUGUGUUGACAUUGUGAGUGUGGGAAAGAAUAAGGAAAAACUCAUUCAUUUUUACAACUCGCACGAAAUCUUUCGAUAAAAACGUUUAUCAGGCACAAUUUAUAUACGACUCGAUAGAAAAACUAACUAUCUAGAAUCGUAUGUUCUUUGAAUUUCCGUUUUCUUCCCUGUUCUCUCGCAAUUUUUGGUAAAGUGCGUGAAACCCCUGGAUAGACAGCGAACUUCACCUGACCACGGCGAAGCGCUACCUUAACAAUGGCCUCACAAGAAAUAGUCCAAAGCCGUUCAAUCACACGAUCUAGGCGGCCAAUUGACGGGCCCAAAACGUGAGAUAAACUGUUCACCAAUGGUGGCUCUCAAAUUGGUCAUUGUUUCCGGUGCCGUGUGGGAUGUGGUACCGUCUUGUUGAAACCAAAUGCAAGGUCUAAUUCUUCCAUUUUGGGCAAAAGAAUCGUCGAUCAUCACACGGGUAGUGCUUGCCAUUCACAGUAACGUUCCGCCCAUCGUCGCCUUCGAAGAAGUACGGCCCGAUGAUGCCACCGGCCUAUAAUCCACACCAAACUGUGACUUUUUUUUGGAAUGCAUUGGUAGCUCUUGCAAUGCUUCUGGCUUGUCUUCGCUCUACACGCUCUUUGAACAUAACUCAAGGUUUGAGUUACGAUUACUCAAAUUCAUAAACUGGAACAGUAUAUCAAAAUUUGAGUAUGGAUUUGAGUAAAAUAAACUCAUUGCCAUGAGUUCUCUCGCAUUUAUUCAUAUAUUAGAGUAAGCGUUGAGUUUUUAAACAUUUGAGUGAAAAAAAUACUUCUUGUAGUUCAGUGCGUUUUCAUUCUCCGAAUAUUCUUAUCGAAAUAAAGAAUGCAAGAAUACGUCGUUUUCCAUUGCCGUUUCUAGAUCCGGUUUUGAAAACAUGAAUCAACGUCAAUCAUCGAUGUUUUGUGGUUUCAUUUAUGCUUAGUUAAAAGCCCAACAUAGGGAUAUCAAAAUAAUUCAAUUUUGACUCCAAACCGUUCAAAAGGAAACGGUUUUGAAUCACUAUUUUGCGCAUUCAAAAGAAAGAAGAAUAACUUUGUAUAUGAAAAUAACGAAGGAAAGUUUUGAGAGCAAGGAACUCAAAUUUUGAGUUGAACUUACUCAAAUUUUGAACAAAAUAUUUUUUUCUUAUAUUAAGUAAAAAUUACUCAAAUUUUGACAAUUUCGUCCCUUAACUCAAAAAUGAGUAGAUAGGUGGUAAUUCAAGUUUAGAGUACGUGCACUUUUUAUGAAUUUGAGUGAUGUGUCACUCUAUUUUGAGUUAUGUUCAAUGAGGGUGUAGGUUCAACCAGAAACGAUCUUCGUCGCUGAACACAAUUUUUCGAUAAAAAAUACUUCAACUUUGCCAGCGCACAUUUACCAUAUGUUAGAUGUUUGUAAGUCGAUUCAUGAUUAAGUUAUAGACCAAACUGAACAAGUUUGAGAAUGACUCAAGACACAAUUUACGCGUAAUCUGUCAAACACAGUGUUGCCAAAAAGAUACCGGCAAAAAAUUCACCCUUUAAAUUCCAAAAUUGAUCUCACUCACUUUUCUCAGCGAUGGUUUGACCGAUUUCCACAAAUUUAGACUCAAAUGAAAAGUCUCGUGGUCCGAAUCCGACCUCCGGUUUCGGAAUUAUAGUGGAAAAUGUGGUAAAGAUUGUGUACCCUUACUUAGGACUUUCACAAAAAUAUGUUAAACAAAAUUCUAAAUUGGUAUCUCAACCAAAUACAAAUAGGGUAACAGAGGUAUUUUGGCCCACUUUAGGAUUGAUUUUAUUUUGGCCCACUUUGAAUAAAUAUCCAUCAAAUGUUGUAAUAUCUUUGAAAAACCCUUCCGCAAUAGGUAAUUUAAUGUGUUUACCUUCAAAUUUAUGUAACAUGAGUUACUUCACAUCAAUUAAAAUCGAUAAAAUCGAUAAAGUUUGUUAGGUGGGCCAAAAUAUAUGAAGUGGCCAAAAUACCUCUGUUACCCUAAUAAUACCCCUAAGUCCCAUAUAAACGAACCGCCAAUGUUUGGUUCACGGGCUGAACAAGUAAGCCUAGCAAAUUACUCCCUUUCAUUGCGAUAGUUUGAAAAUGUGGAAGGAGAUCGUUUCUGGCAACGCUUUAUGCUAGUUUCUACGAUGCAAAACAAACUUGUUUGUUUAUGUUUAUCGUUGCUGUAUUAAACUGCAACAAUCAGUCUAAAUAUCACCGGCACUAGCACAAAAGAUGAAAAAUGAACACAAACACCCACGAAUCUACAAAUAUCUAUUAUUGUUUAACUCACAUUUCGCUUGUGAUCUUGAUAAAAACUGUAAAACUAAAAAAAAGAUAUAAACUGUUUGUUUAUUUAUUUUUCACUAUAAUAAACAGUAACUUGUUGGUGAACUUGUUCUUACCCUUCAGUGUUGCUAGUUUUAUAGAAAACUCGUUAAAGUACAUUGUCACUCUGACAGUGUAUCAUGACAGUGUACCGCACGAUGCAAAAUGUGUCCUUGAAAAUUUGUCAAAGUAUUCCGUAUUAUAAUUUGUAUUUGUCUCAACCACUGCCAUACAAACCGAUUCCGGCUAUAUUGGUUCCUGGUUUUCGAUUAACGACGAGAGAUAAUAGUCAUACACUCAAAAAUUUGCUAGAAAUGGCAGAACCGACGUUCCCAAUCUUAAGUUCAAAUGAAAGAUCUUAGAUUCAGCCUAAAAUUAACAUGAAAACUAGUCAUAUCACAAUUUUUUUGCAUAUUUAACAACUCGUCGUUCCUAGUUAAAUUGUCACCGUGAGAAUACAACACGCUUAAAAAUAGUUACUCAAAAAUGAGUAAGAUCUCACUCAUCUACAGAAAAAGUGGAACAACUCUAAUUUAGAGUAACUCCGAAGUUACUCAAAUUUGAGUUCUUCCACUGGAAACGAUAUUUGGGUAAAAUCUACUCAUUUACUGAGUAAUACUUUAUUCGUACAUGUACCAAAAAUAGAGUAACUAUCACUCAAAUUUUGUGUGAAAUUUUAUUUCACAUAUACCAAAUUUGCAAAAAAAAUUGCUCCUUUUCUGAGUGUAUUGUAUUGUUAAAUAAUUGAACUCAAUACUAUAUCAAGUGGUGGUCGCUUGGAGUAGUGUGUUAUGCUCAGGCACCAAUCAUACACUUAUUCCUCAUUAAUGACAUUUGAGCAUAUUCCUUUCCAUUCUAAAGAACAACACGAAGCUGAUCAUUCCGGUUUUUGCAGACACAACACCGUUUGUGUUGAUCGACUCACCCUCGAAAUACGCGUCUCACUAACAAAAAAUACAACCUGUUGCUACAAAUGGUUAUUACAACUUUUAGACUUAUUGCGAAUGCGAAUAGUAACAAUAAAACGAGAUUUUGCGUUAAACUCAAAUUUAGAGUAGGAGUUACUCAAUAUCAUUGAUGAUAACUACUCAAUUUUUGACGUUUCCAUGUAUCAUUUGAAAAUGAGUAACUAGUACUCAAACUUUGAGUAACUUUUUCUAAGCGUGAAGUUAAUAAUUAUGACAUGCGUUGAUAACAAUUCUCGGUUGAUUUUUCAUUAGGGCGUAUAAGCAAGUGACAGUUUCUCUUUAAUCACUCUCUCUUUCGAUUAUUAUGAUGUGAUUAAAAAGAUUUUCUUCGAUAUUACUAUUCUGUUUGAAAGUCGAAAGUUUCGGGUAUCAUUUCAUGCAAAGAGUUGAGUGAUAAACGUGGAAACCGCUUGGUAAUUAAUAGAAAAGAAAGUAAACAAACUCACUUGCUUAUACGCCCUUUUGAAAAAUUAACCGAGAAUUAAGAAAAUAACAAAAAAAAUAACUGUUCAUGAAAAUCUUUACCUCUUAAUGCGAAAUCGAUUUCUGCUUGGUUCAUAAACCUGUCUUAUGAAUCGCUUUUCCUCAGUGUAUGCCAUUUUCGGAGAAUCUAAGUAGGCGUCGAUAAAAGAAAAAAAAUAUUUCGAAAAAACGUGCAAUCCAAAAGUCCAAACAUUCUUCACUUUUCCCCCCGUUGGAAUUCGUCCGGACCAGAUGUGGAUUUGCAAGUUUACACCGGUUCAACGGGUUUUCGCAAAACUACCCAAACUCAACUACUGGUCGAAAAACGGAACGGUUUUCCAGCAAACACGCAACGCAGGAAAUUGGUAUCCGGAUGCGGAAUUUAUCCAACAGUUCAAUUCUGCGGUAAUGUACCCACAUGGAGUUACGGCCAAGUGGAAGAUUCCUCCAUGGAACAGCAAAAUGGCUCCGGUGGAGAAGACGGUACGCAACGUAAGAAUCAAUUUUGGCCCACAACAUCCAGCUGCGCACGGUGUUUUGCGCAUGGUUCUGGAACUGGAUGGCGAAACUGUGAUGCGGGCCGAUCCGCACAUCGGUCUGCUGCAUCGUGGAACGGAAAAGCUGAUCGAAUACAAGACGUACACACAAGCGCUGCCGUACUUUGACCGGUUGGACUACGUCUCCAUGAUGUGCAACGAGCAAUGUUUUGCCUUGGCGGUGGAGAAGUUACUCAACAUCGAUAUUCCACUGCGCGCCAAAUACAUCCGCGUGCUGUUCGGCGAAAUAACGCGACUGUUGAAUCACAUUCUGUCGAUUUCGACUCACGGUCUCGAUAUCGGUGCAAUGACACCGUUUUUCUGGUUGUUCGAGGAGCGUGAAAAACUGAUGGAGUUCUAUGAGCGGGUUUCCGGAGCUCGAAUGCAUGCCGCUUACGUUCGUCCCGGCGGUGUCGCAAUAGAUAUGCCGUUAGGUUUGUUGGAUGAUAUCUACGAGUUCUGUGCUAAGUUUGGUGAACGAUUGGACGAAGUGGAGGAUGUUCUAACGACCAAUCGGAUUUGGGUUCAACGUACGCAGAAUAUCGGAGUUAUUUCGGCUGAAGAUGCCCUCAACUAUGGCUUCAGUGGCGUAAUGCUUCGGGGCUCCGGCAUCAAGUGGGAUCUCCGCAAAUCGCAGCCUUACGAUGCUUACGAUCUGAUGGAUUUCGACGUACCGAUCGGAACCAAAGGUGACUGUUACGAUCGUUACCUGUGCCGUGUGGAAGAGAUGCGUCAGUCAUUGCGCAUCAUCGAUCAGUGCAUAAACUAUAUGCCAGCCGGUGAAAUCAAAACGGACGACGCCAAGCUGACCGCGCCGUCUCGUGUGGAAAUGAAGAGUUCGAUGGAGGCAUUGAUUCAUCACUUUAAACUGUUCACCGAAGGCUACCAGGUUCCACCUGGCACUACGUACACCGCCGUCGAAGCACCUAAAGGAGAAUUCGGCGUCUACCUGGUGUCGGAUGGUUCCAGUCGACCGUACCGCUGCAAAAUCAAAGCUCCCGGUUUUGCUCAUCUGGCUGCGAUGGACAAACUCGGCCGGCAUCACAUGCUGGCUGACAUUGUGGCCAUCAUGGGGACGCUGGAUGUUGUGUUUGGUGAAAUCGAUCGUUAGGCACUGUUAAUUAGUCUGUCAAAUAAACUAACUAUAGCAAAAUUUCAUCGGUUUUGUUUUCUCAAGUCUAUUAAGGAAAAACAGUUAUGUUCAUUGCCCUAAUUCAUAUUCAUAUUUUUUUCG